UCAGCCUCACCUGGCUGCAUGCACCCCCGGGUGCGCCAGUGCGCACACAGAUGGGCUUGUGCAGUCUGCUGUUUCUGGGGGAGACAUGAGCACCGCAGGAGCCGGUCCUGGCCUCAGCCUGGACAGCGGUAGGCUGUGGCACUGGAGAGCCAUGCAAAGGAGCAGAGCUCUUGUCCGAACCUACCUCAAGUCCAACUCUGUGCUCGCACUGCCUCAGCCCAAUGGAACACGACAAAGGGACAGUGUCCGACUGCCUUCCCUAGCUGCCUUUAAAGCCUCGCACAGGCAGACAACCACGACUCCACUCAGCAUUAGCGAGCCCUCCCUCUUCACCCCGGGAGAACGAGCCGUGUUCGAGGGUUUUUCCCCUAACCGCCGCCCUCUGCGGAAACGACCACUGCCUCUCUGCAAGUCCUGUGACACAAUAGUAGGAAAGAACCUGAACCAGAGCAACAGACCAGUGUACAGCCACUUCUCCUACCCCAUCAGACCCAACCCAAAGCUGGGGAAGCCCAGAUCACAAAGUCUGACCCUGGCCAAGGAGCAAGGCGAGCUCCGUCCUCCGGUGAUGCAGCACUGCCAGUCGUCACACUGGGAGGGUCUAACAGUGAGAGGAAAGCCCUGCCUGAGCCUCCCCAGCCAAUCUUCGCCUCCCGCCGCUUCUAUGCCAGCACGCACACAGCUUCACGUAUUCUUGCCCACGGAAGGAGUUGAAGGGAGGGAGGAGGGGGACAGUGAAUCUGUGGAUGAAGGGUUUAUGGACGAGCUGGAUAGUAAGAUCACUUCCCUAAAACUCCAGCAGGGGAAGGCCAAGAUUCACACACACCCUGAUAAGGUCCCUGGAAAAAUAAAGUGACUUUCCACAACCCACUGAGCAAGUUGACUGGGUUUCACGUUUUAGGAACAACAGGUCUUAAAUGAUGACUGCUCAGUUAUCUGUAGGUUUAAAAGGCUCCAACGUAUUGUGAUGGGAACACUAGUCCUUUUUUUGUGAAAUGUGUCAGCUCAGAAUAGAGGGAUUCUAAAAAUGCAUGAAGCCCUCCACUGGUAUUUUGUCACAGAAGAAUAAAUAAAUCCAACAACUUCUACAUUUUUUUAUGUGCAGUACCUGUAAAUACUUGUUAGUUAUGCAUAUUCCUUCAAUGAAUCUAUUGUAUUAGAAUAUUAAAAGGUACAAUAUGUAAGGUUUCAUGUUGUUCAAUAGCAGUUUCAAUACAUGAUAUAUGCAGUUGUUCUUGGGGAAUAUUACAGUGCCUAUAGAAAGUCUACACUUCAUUGAACUUGCUUUUUGCUACAUUAAAAUUCAAUCUAAAAGGGGAUUUAAUUCAAUGUUUUUACCACAGAGCAAAACAACAUACUCCACAUUUUCAAAGUGAAAGCAAUUUGUAGAAAAAAAACUGUAAAGAUCAAAAUAAAUAUUAAUGGAAAAGGAAAUAUGUUAGAGGAAAACCUGCCUCAACCUAACCAUGCGAUAUAGUUUUAUUUUUCAGCGAGACAAUUGCAAAAUUUCAAUGCCAAACACACACCAGAAUGGCUUUCCUAGAGGUGUUGAGUGGUCUAGUCUCAGUCCUGACUUAAAUUUGCUUGAUAAUCAGAGACAAGGUUUGAAUAUUGUUGUCCAUCAAUGAUUCCCAACUAAAUUGAAUGAACUUGAGCAAUUUUGACAAACAUUUUCAAAAUGUAAACAGGUUUUUGGAAAUGUAUUUACAGGAAAUGAAUAGAGGGAAAUAGUCCUAUAAUUCAUAUAACUACAACCUAAAACUUCUUACCUGGGAAUAUUUAAGACUCAUGUUAAAAGGAACCACCAGCUUUCAUAUGUUCUCAUGUUCUGAGCAAGGAACUUAAACGUUAGCUUUCUUACAUAGCACAUAUUGCACUUUUACUUUCUUCUCCAACACUUUGUUUUUGCAUUAUUUAAACCAAA